AUGGGAAAUUUCAACAGCACUUCACAAGAGAGUUUCAUUUUGGUGGGUUUCUCAGAUUGGCCUCAACUACAAGUCUUCCUUUUUGUCAUCAUUUUGAUGUUCUACUCCCUAACUAUCUUUGGCAACACAACCAUCAUUGCUCUUACAAGACUGGACCUUAGACUUCACACUCCCAUGUACUUCUUCCUCUCCAAUCUCUCCUUCCUGGACCUCUGCUACACCACUAGCACUGUGCCCCAGCUCCUGAUCAACCUUCAGGGACUUGACAGAACCAUCAGCUAUGGUGGGUGUGUGGCCCAGCUAUACAUAUUUCUUGCUCUGGGAUCUACUGAGUGUGUGCUCCUGGUGGUGAUGGCCUUUGACCGCUAUGCUGCUGUGUGUCGUCCCCUGCACUACACAACCAUUAUGAAUCCCUUUCUCUGCCAAUCAUUGGCUAUUGUCUCCUGGGGGGGAGGCUUCAUAAACUCGCUCAUCCAGACAAGUCUCAUGAUGGCCAUGCCCCUCUGUGGCCAUGAACUGAAUCAUUUCUUCUGUGAGAUGCCUGUUCUCCUGAAGUUGGCCUGUGAGGACACGGGAGGAACAGAGGCCAAGAUGUUUGUGGCCAGAGUAGUCGUUGUUGCUUUUCCAGCCAUGCUCAUUCUGGGCUCCUAUGCACAGAUUGCCAGGGCAGUACUAAAGAUCAAGUCAAAUACUGGACGUAGAAAAGCUUUUGGGACAUGCGGGUCCCACCUUGUGGUGGUUUCUCUAUUUUAUGGCUCAGCCAUCUACACAUACUUACAGCCCAAGGGCACCUAUUCUGAGAGUGAGGGGAAGUUUGUUGCCCUUUUCUAUACUAUCGUCACCCCCAUGCUCAACCCUCUGAUUUAUACCCUGAGGAACAAAGAUGUGAAGGGGGCUCUGUGGAAGGUGGUAGGGAGAGGCACAGACUCUGGGUAA